AUGUUUAAAGAUACCAACGUAGCUGAAAUCUAUAUUCUAACUGAUAAGCUUAUCUUUUUCAAUUUGAAAGGAGAGCUAGUUUCUUUAGCCUUUUCUUCAGAUAUCACAAUGAAUCCUUUUGUGCGGACUCUAGACUUGUAUCUACGAGAUCUCAAGCAGGUUACGGGUUACGCAAGAUUCAGUGGCUUCGGAUUUGGACAAAUCGAAACUCCAAAUGGCAACACUAAUG